AGUAGAAUGUGAGUACGCGUGGUUGGUUCAGUGUGCUCGUCGAUUACGAGAGAUAACAUCGCAACUGAUACCGAUCUGCGAACGAUGCCCGAGAAAACCUUUUUGCUGCAAACCGACCAAACCGUCGAAUACGUCCGAGUUACACCCCAAUUGGUCCCCCGAUGCUUAGAGGUGAUGCGCACGUCGUUUUACCCCCACGAAACUGUUUGCGCAGCACUCCAAUUAGGAAAUCAUCCAGAAUGUUUCGCAGAAAUGGAUGCCAUCACCACAGACGUGAUUAAAGAGGGUGUUUCCAUUGCUGCCAUUGAUAAAGCCACUGGAUUAGUAGCCGGAGUCUCCAUCAAUAAAAUACAUGUUCAAGGCGAUGCCGAUUUUACAGAAAAACACAUCCAGAAUUGCCAACACUCCCAAUCCAGAAACGUGUUGCGAUGGAUGCGUGACGUGGACCACAAACUCGACAUCCAUGAACACUGUAAAGUGCAAACCGUGAUGGAGUUGAUGUUCGUCUGUAUAGCUCCGGAGUUCCGUAAACGUGGUAUCGCGCGAAAACUCUUUGAAGUUUCCGUAAAGUUGGCGAAAUCCGGUUUUAGGCCGAUUUUCCAUCCGGGGCAAACGUUUGAUCGUUUUAGGCCACCGGAAGUUGUCACCGCGAUUUGUACUUCUUUGGUCACACAAAAAAUCGCUCGAAAUAUGAAUUUUCAGAUAGCGGAUCGGAUUCAGUUUAGACAGUUUGGCUGUUACGACCGGAUUAAUUUAGGAGAGGCUGUAGGACUAUCCGUUGAUAGUUUAACGUAUGAAUAUUUACGUAUUUGAAGUGCUGUUUCAAUGCUAUAAUCUAUUUUCAUAGAUUUUUUCUUUAAUUUCUGAAACCCAGGCUUAUGUUUCUGUUGGGAACUUACCCUAAAAGAUCAAACUUUAUUCUUUAACAUGACUAUGUUAAAAUAAGUAUGUUUUCAAAAAUGUUGCUUAAAUGGUCUGAACUGGUCAACAAUAUAAUCUCUUGAAUA